AUGGAUAUGGUAAAAAACAAGACCCGAAUAGUCAUGUUUGAGUUUUCUGGUUUAACUGACAAUGAAGACCUUGUUCCAUUUCUCUUUGUGUUCUUCUUGCUAGUCUACAUGGUGACCCUACUUGGAAAUGUUGGGAUGAUGGCAAUUGUUCAUAUCUCUCCCAGCCUUUACACUCCGAUGUACUACUUUUUGAGCUAUUUGUCUAUGGUGGACCUCUUCUACUCUUCAGUUGUUACUCCCAAAAUGUUGUCCGACCUUCUUUCGAAGAGGAAGCAGAUCUCCUUCAUUGGCUGUGCCCUUCAGUUCUGCUUCUUUGCUGGUCUGGCAAGUACAGAGAUCUUUAUCCUUUCGAGCAUGGCAUAUGACCGAUAUGUGGCUGUCUGUUUUCCGCUCCACUAUGUCAUGAUAAUGACCAAGAAGAAAUGUCAGGGGAUGAUUCUCACUGCUUUCCUAAUUAGCAUUGUGCAGUCAACAUCAUCAACCAGUUGUAUGUUCACUCUGCAGUAUUGUGGUCCAAACCUGUUAGAUCAUUUCUAUUGUGACAUCCCACCAAUCCUCAAAUUGUCUUGUUCAGAUACUCGUUCUUGUGACAUUUUAACUGUGUUCUUUGUGUGUUUUUGCACAGUAAGCUCAUUGACAAUUAUUCUGGUCUCCUAUACUCUUAUUAUAUCGGCCAUUCUACAGAUGAAAUCCACCAAGGGUCGAAAGAAAGCAAUUAGUACAUGUUCAUCCCAUCUAAUGUGCGCUACCAUAUUUUAUGUGAGUGUUUUCAUCACUUACUUACACCCCUCUUCGAGCCACCUUGAGAAACAAAGUAAGGUGGCUUCUGUCUUCUAUGCAAUGGUGACACCAAUGCUGAAUCCUCUUAUCUAUAGUCUGAGGAACCAGGAGGUGAAGAGGGCUAUAUUGCAAUUACUGCAAAAACAUGAACAUUAA